AUGGAACCAUCGAAAGUUAAAGAACGAUAUCAAGCAUGGAAACAUCAAGGACCAACACGUUCUUUAGCUCGAUGUGAUUCAACAGAUCUCUUUCCACAAAUGGUUCCACAAAAUCAACUUAAUAUACACAGUCAUAUCUGUCCAAAAGCACCGGAAGUUUUGUUUGACGAUCGAAGUACAUAUUUCAAUGGUGUUGACGAUGAUCAAUAUCAACAGCCUAUGUCGGCUCGAGCACCAUCAGCCAGCUUAUCUCGACAGUUGUCAAGUACGAGUUUAAAUCAAUCGAUGAAUAGAAUAUCGUCAUCAGAGAAUGGUCCUCUUCGUAUUCGAUUCCGUCCGCUCGAUCUCUCAGUCAUCGCACCAAUGAAAGAAAAUCGAGCAAGAUCAUACAAUAGCAUAACAAAUAUGAAACACAAAGAUUAUAUCAAUUUAUUAUCGGAUGAACUGAUCCUAUCAAUUUUCAAAUAUCUUCCGCGUGCAUCGCUCGCAGCAAUGUCUCAAACCUGCCGUCGUUUACGCUCGCUGACUCACGAUCCAAUUCUAUGGUGCCGAGUAGAUAUGUCCCGAAAACAUGUUGAAAGUUGCUAUCUACGAGAUGUUCUCCUGCGCGGUACAGUCGUUCUCAAGAUGUAUCAAACAACCAUUCAUGGAAGUUCGAUUUAUUCACCUAAUCGAAAUACAUGGUUCACGAAGCUGCAGUUUCUCGAUCUAACUCUGGCAACCAUCUCACCGGAAUGUUUAUUAAGUCUGAUGAGUGUCUGUCGAUCAUUGCGAAAACUCAGUUUGGAAACUCUGCCAUUAAGUUUAGCCAUAUUCGAAAAACUUGCCUCGAAUGCACAAUUGGAUACGUUAAAUCUAACGAUGUGUACCGGAAUUGAUCUCGAUUGCUGCUCGAUCCUAACAGGACAAAUGAAACAUUUACGAUAUUUGAAUUUGGGUUGGACGCAGUUAAGUGAUCAAUGCGUGCAUUUCAUCUGUCGAACUAUGCAGGCCAGCAUCGAACAAUUGACAUUGAGUGGUUUUCGACAAGGAAUGACAGACGAAUGCGUGGAAAAUUUAACACGUCGUGCUGUUCGUCUUCGUGUGCUCGAUUUAAGUGAUUCAAGUCUUCUUACUGAUAAAUCAGUUGCAAGCGUCCUUCGCAAUUGUCUUCAUUUAGAACACAUCGCGUUCUCUCGUUGUUAUGCAAUUGCUCCCAUUGCCUAUGCAUCAUUGAAACAGUCACGACAUUUGACAUCGCUGGAUAUAUUCGGCGUUGUGGAUGAUCGUGGAUUGCAGAAAUUACAUUCCUUACUUGGUUCAUCGAUUGCUUUGAACCAACAACGAUUUUCCUAUGUAGCUCGGCCAACAUAUGGCCUUCGUCGCACGUCCAUUUGGGGUCUAAGAACACGUCCAUAG